GAAUCCUCUUCGUAAAUGUCACUUGAAGUGCAGUCCUUGAAACCGAGGCGACACGACCUCGGGGGGAACACGAAAACAGAAUAGCUUAGGUUGAGCGGACUUUGGAUGGGUCUUCGCCUUCUUGGCUCAGCUUGAGUCCGCGAGAGGAUGACUGGCACUGAUACAACAACAACAGUUUGAUUGACAAUAACAAGACAGUUGAAGCGUUGAAUCUUCAGUUCAUUCUCACACUCCGAGGGGGUCCUUAAUUUACUGUCUCAUUAUGUUUCUAUGGGACUGGAUCACUGGCGUCCUUGGAUACUUAGGUCUUUACAGUAAGUCAGGGAAACUUCUCUUCCUUGGCCUUGACAAUGCUGGUAAAACAACAUUGUUGCACAUGUUGAAAGACGACCGACUUGCACAACAUGUACCUACACUUCACCCAACUUCUGAAGAAUUAUCCAUAGGCAACAUGAAAUUUACCACAUUUGAUUUGGGAGGGCAUCAACAAGCUCGCCGAGUAUGGCGUGACUAUUUUCCAGCAGUUGAUGCCAUGGUUUUCUUGGUAGAUGCAUGUGACCGCUCUCGUUUAACAGAAAGCAAGGCAGAGUUGGAUGCUCUCCUCACAGAUGAGACUCUAGCUAACUGUCCAGUUCUUGUUCUUGGAAAUAAGAUUGACAGACCAGAAGCUUGCUCUGAGGAGGAACUUCGUGGCUUCUUUGGCCUUCAUAGUACUACUGGCAAGGGCAAAAUCCCCAGAGCAGAAAUUCGAGGCCGACCGUUAGAACUGUUUAUGUGCUCAGUUUUGAAACGCCAGGGAUAUGGAGAAGGUUUUCGUUGGCUUGCUCAAUAUAUCAAUUAAAUACCGUAUGAGCAUGAAGGCAAGCAGAUUGCUUUAAAUUUUGUUCUACCCAUGGGGAAUCAUGGGCUGUGUUCAAUUUUGUGGGUUUGAAGGUAACUGCAAAAGGGCCUGUUUUUUCUCCAUAUAAGUGGCCAAUUAAUGUGUGUUUUUCUCCUACAUUGAAAGAUCUUUGAGUUGACUUGUGGUCUAAGUCAAUGGUAGUGAUGAGGACGUCUUUACUUCUUACUUGAAGUGAUCAGCUCAGCAGUUUGAUACAAUAGUUUUAAGAGUGGAACUGAUUGCCAACACCUUCCUGUACUUGAUAAGUUGACUCCUUUUGGAUUGGCUAUCAAAAUAAUUGUCUGUGCUUUAGACUACAGAUAUGGUUGCAAGUCCACUGUUAGUUCUUAAUUUGCCACAAGUCUUCAUUUUGUGGUGUAGUAUUUAGUAAACUAUCAGCUUUCCUCAAGGAAUAAGGUGCUGGCCUACAUUGGGGUGUAUAAAAUGGCAUUGCUCCAGAAUUUUUGGGGGAUUCCAGCCCUUUCAGAUUAGAAAUAAAAACCUUAUGAAGUUGUGUCUUUAUGUCUAAAUUUCUUCUUUUUUUGAAUUUCAUAUAAAACUGAGCAAUUAAUAUUGCUCAUUGCUUGUGGUAAAUUGAGCUGAUUGUAGACCAAAUUGUAUUUCACCCCACUAAAUUAACUGUUUGUAAUUCUGCAAGUACUUACUCUUUUUAAAUUAAUUUCUCCCCCCACUCUAGUCAACAUAGGGUGAUGAUAAUGUGUGUGAUACUGGCUUAUACCAAUUUUCUUAGUAAAAUUGCUUUCAAACAAGUAAA